AUGAGUAACCAAGAUGCUGAUGUGCUACGUUGCUGGAGAUGUAGAAAAUAUAUAGCAAAUUCUGUUUGUCUUGCAAAAUGUCAUGGAAAAGAAGCAUAUGAAACAUCACAACCUUCAGCUGCUUCUCAGGAGUCUUGCAAUGUAUGGCAUUUGAACUUAGAAGCUAUUCCAGAGUGAGUGAAAUGCAUCAUUGAAAAGGCACAGUGGACAAUUGGAAAAUUGCACUGUCCAUUCUGUGAGGCCUGCUUAGGGGGCUUUAACUUUGAUUGCAACACAGAAUGUUCCUGUGGACAGUUAGUAAAUAUACAUUUCUGCAAAAGUCGGACUGACUAUCAGCCAGCUUUCUCUGUUAAAUUGGCAAAAUCUUCAUUACCUCUCCUCAAGAUUCAGUCUGGUUUUGGCAAGGGUACCUGCCAGGAAGUGGUAACUGCAACUUUGGAAAUCAAAAAUCAACGGCAUUCAUACAUGGCCAGAAAUAAUAAUGGUACUGGAAGAUUAACAGAAGCACUUUGUCUAGAAGUAAGAGCUCCCAGAUGCGAGAUGAAAAGUAAAAAACUUCCCAUAAAGGCAUUAAAUCAAAAAAGAAAUCUUUCUGCUUCCUAUCAUAUGACUGAUACAUGCACUGUGAAACCUUUUCACAGAAGAUCACAUAGUUUGGAUUUAAAUAUCAGAGAGAGACUUGUUUUGUCACCUGUGUUACAUGAAACUUGCUGUAUGGGAAUGAUUUACCAUGGGCAAAAUGAAUACACAGGAAGUGGCUUGCAAUUAGAGUCUGAUAGGAAAGACAGUCCUGCUUUUCCAGACCAGUAUAGUUCCAGUGCUGACGAACUACAAAAAAGGUUUCAAGUGGCUUCAUUUACCACAUUAGUACACAGAGAAACAGAAAGUGAAUGUGAUUUUGAAGCUACUGGACAAUCUUCUGGGAAUGCCAUUGCUGAUGGGUCACCUUGUGUGAUGAACCCUUCUUUAUCUACAAGUGCUGUGGAAGAGGGACACAUCACACCUGUUGGUCUUGUGCAGUCUACGAGUAUUUCCUUCAACCAAAAGCUGAAUAAGAGAGAACGAAACAAGUUGAAAAACUUAAGGAGAAAACAAAGGCGGCGAGAACGGUGGCUACAGAAGCAA